ACAUUUUUCAAUGAAGCUAAAUAUAUGGAAAAAGAAGUAUCUCAGAUUUCACGGAUUUAUAUGUCGGAUAAUUCUUCUCAUUUUUGGGUAGCGGAAUCAUAUGAAUUUUAUUUAUUGAAUCGUCAUCAGCGACAUGAGCAACGUGUAUUUAUGACAGAAGAAGAAUUCAAUAAAUCUAAUAUUGACGUAUCUAGGCAUCUAAAAAAAAUAGUAGGUACUAUUGCAUUGUGUAAAAGCAAUAAAAUACCUAAUGGUGCUUGGAUAACAAAAUUAUGUGUUCAUAAAGACUAUAGAAGGAAACGUAUAGGAAGUCAUCUUGUGAAUCGUGCUCUGCAAUUUGGCACUGAACAAGGAUUUAUUACUAUUAAUGUGGUUAUCUCAGAAUAUAGAUUAGGUGCUUUAAAAUUAUUUAAUAACACAGGUUUCCAUAGAUAUUUGAUACGUGGUAGAUCAUAUAAUGCAUCAGUAAUAUUUCAUGAAUUAUCAUAUAGAACGAAGUAUUUUAAGCCUAAUGAAUUAUUUGUUAAAACUCCAUAUAAGGUACAAUCUGAGCCAAACUGAAUCAUCCAUCGCAUUUAAAUAUUUAAAUCAGAUGUAGUAAUAAUAUUUUUAUGUUUAUUUUUUGUACGUUAUAAUAUUUUGUAAA